CAUCAGGCCAUGAAAAACACAAAUGAAAUAAUCGGUCGGUUGGGCUUGUUAAUACGGGACUUCAUUCACAUUUUUUUUCUUUUUUUCAUAAUUCGUUUAAUUUUGUUUAAAAUAUAUUAAUAAAUUGUACUUGGAAAACUCAUCGUUAAGAAUAUAAAACACAAUGGAUUCGAAGACAGCUGUAAUGACGCGUGACUAUGGUAGUACGAAUAUGUCCGAUAUUCCCUUAACUUCAUCCGUGGAAUGCUUACGGGAAAGUAGCAGGAUCGACGGCACGGUUAAGUUGAAGCCAAAGAAAAAUGAUUCUUUGCCGCGAUUUUUUAGACGUAAGAAGUCAGACCCGACGGAGUUCUGCAUGUCCACAAAAGAGGAACUGAAGCCAGAUCCGAGGACGAAUUCUUUGGGACGAAGAAUACAGUAUCGAAUUGCGCAGAUGAGAAAUCCACCGGGAUCACCCGUGGAAUCGCUAGAUUCAGGUACAGCCAUUGAAACGAAACGAGGGAGUCUACGUAGUGCUCUGUCAGGGUACUGGAGUUCCAUAUUUAAGAAAACUCCUCGUGAAGCUGGUGAAAUAGUUACUCCAACAAAAGUUGAAAAACCUCCAACAAUGGUCCAUGGAGCUAUUGCAGCUAUGUCUGAGAGCAAGCCUCCAUCCGUCGCUGAUACUAUUCCAAUCACAAAGGAGCGGACUCCAGAGAUACCGAAAUCGGUUGUAGAUGAACCUGAUGAAUUGGAAAAAGCUGUCAAGGGCACCACACAAGAAGUGUAUGUUGGAUAACUUUGGAUGAUGUGUUUAUUAUAAAGACUAAUGAUAAACGAUUUAAUUUUGCAUAUUUUAGUUGGAUUUGAUUUGAUUUUUCAAGGUACAAGUUGAAAUUAAUGGAAUAUUGAAAGGAUAUUUUUAUAAAAAUAUCAAGUCCCGGUA